AAAUAAAUACAACCGUUGGCUUUUGGACCACAAAAAAAGGAAGUAAAUGAAAAGAAAGGCGAAAAUAGCCGAAACGUUUGAGAAAUUAUUGACUGUAAUAGUGAUUAUGUAAAGGUGUUUUGUAAUAUGCUAUGAUGUGAUAAAUUAUUUGACUACUUAGUUCUUUACAAGCGAGAAUGUUUGAAUAUUAUGAAGGAAUAGUGCUUCAGAACUUGAUGCCAGUGUAGUUCUUAUAUUGCCACCACAGGUGUCGCAACAAUUUUAGACGUUGAAUUGAAACUUCUAAAAUGGCAGAGGGUUGGACCCAAAAUGUGCGAUGCCGGUACUACGCAAAUGGAAUGUGUCGCGAGGGAGAAGCUUGUCGUUAUCUACAUCAGGAACACGCCGGAUCAUCCUUGGGUACAUCUUUAAGGACUGAUCUUUCUGAGAUACGUUGCCGUUUUUAUCAGCGUGGUUCAUGCGUGUAUGGAUCCCGUUGUCGCUUUGUGCAUGCCGGUGAGGUCUCUGCUUCAAGUACAAACAAUGUUAGUCAGAACACCAGCAUGGCAUCGUCGUCUACCACUCUGAAAAACUCACCCACUCAUAUCAACAAAAAUGGGCAAGGAGCUAGGUACAGUCAGAAAACGUCAGUUUUGAAGAAACAAGGAAUCAGUUCUGACAGUGGGAUUUGGGAAGACUCAGAUGAGAAUUGGGUAAAUGCACCAGAAUUUGUCCCUGCAGGAAAAGAUAACAUUCUAAAAACAGCAGAACAUGUGCAUCUUAAGUCUUAUGCUGAAGUAUUGAAUCCAGUGGCUGGCAAAAGGGUUUCAUCACCUCAACCAAAUUUAUCCUCAUCAAGUAAUAAGAAAAAGCUUUGCCCCUUUAAAGAGGCGGGGGAGUGCAAAUUCGGUAGCCAGUGUGUAUAUGUACAUGGCGAUACGUGCGAUCUUUGUGGUCAUGCCUCAUUACAUCCGCAAGACAAAGAGCAGCGAAAGAAACACAUCAAUGAGUGCAUCAAACAACAUGAACAAGCAAUGGAGUUGUCCUUCGCAGUGGCACGAUCCAAAGACAAAACAUGUGGGGUUUGCUUUGAAGUGGUGAUGGAGAAAUCUCCGCGUGAGCAGCGUUUUGGCAUUUUGCCAAAUUGCAACCACUGCUUUUGUCUCACUUGUAUUCGAAAAUGGCGACAGGCGAAACAAUUUGAGAACAAAAUAAUCAGGGCAUGUCCAGAGUGUCGAGUGACUUCAGAUUUUGUUUGCCCCAGCAUGUAUUGGGUUGACACAAAGGAGGAGAAAGAGAAAUUGAUCAAGGACUACAAAGGUGCUCUCAGUGUGAAGGACUGCAAAUAUUUCAAGUCAGGGCGAGGGAAGUGCCCCUUUGGAAACAAGUGCUUUUAUUUGCAUGCUUACCCUGAUGGAACAAAGGCAGAUGUGGGGCCACCAGUUCGUCAGCGACGGCACAGCGCUGAUAUUGAUGUUCUGCAGCAAGUAAUUCUCUGGGACUUUUUGGAUGAAAGGGAAAACCGCUGGCUCUAUGGCAUUGACGAACUUGAUGAUCUAGUGGCCUUCUUCUCUGAUUCAGAUGAUUCAGAUUGGUCAGAUUAUGAACUGUUCUUUGACUAAGUCCCGUCUGACCGAACAGCUGUCGAGGACCUCAAAUCUCCUUUACCAACUGCCAACUGUGAAGGGAUAGGAUUGAAAUUUGUAAUAUAGACUCAUUAUAGAAGUACUUGUACUUUGGCAAGGUAAGGAGCCCGCAGAAUUAUUUGAAUUAAAUCCAUCAAAAAUAGUGUAUGUACCAUUAUAAUGAAUUGGAAAAAAAAAUGUGUUGUUUGUUCUUUGUAGGUAGAAAUUCUUGUGCUGGGUAAUACUGAAUGCCUCAUGUUAAAUAAUUUUACUUCAAAGUUUAAUAUGGGGAGGGGCAACGAGCCCCACUAUUAAUAGCUUGCUUUAAAUGUAUGUUAAAUAACCGGUGAAUGUUUCACUUCGUACCGAGUGCUUUUUUCUUAGAAGCAGAUAGGCCAGCCGAAAUUUGAUUUCAAUUUGGAAGCACUCAUAUUUGCCACUAUUAAAGGGGGAACUAACACCCGUCAUUGGUAAAACCAAUGAAUUUUAUUUGAAAUGUGGUAGAAUAAUAUAAGUAAAAAUUGAAUUAAGAUUUUAUUUUUUGUAUGUAUGUUGGUUUUUUUUAAUGAGUUACGGAUAAACUUCGCCCCUCUCCAUAUGUUACCUGUUUGAAUUUUGCACUUAUUGAAUUUACAUAUUUUUGAAUAAGUUCAGAAUUGCUUGUGUACAUUUGAAGAUAAGUGAACAAAUGUAAAUUUCCUGUAUGGCUUUUAUUUACAUUAUGUUUUUCUGUGGAUGAAAUCAUUUAUUCUCAGUACUGUAUGAAUUUAGAGAUUCAAAUUGCACCAGUUGUUUAAGCAUGUGCAGUUUUAAGAAAUAUGUAAUUGAGUAGCAUAUGAGAAUUAUUGAUAGCUUAUAUUACUAAAAGUCAGUGGGAAAUUAUUGACCCUUUAUAAGUAGAAAUUGUUCUAAUUUGAGGGGUUGGUUAGAGGGAAAAUUUUUGAUUCAGAUAAAAUAUGCACAGUGGAACUUUACUGGAGGAAAGUACAAUAAUUCAGGGCUAUUCAGAGGCCCCAGUCAUGAGCUUAGUUCAGGCGUUUCUUGGAAACGGGGAUUUUAAGAGCAGUUAUUUUAAUACCCAUUACCAGUAUGUAUAAAACAACACACUUAACAAAUAAAUGAAAUGAUUAGUAUUAACAUUUAUUAUUUCACAUUAGUACUUACAGAGAAAUGUGAAUUCAUUACAUGGUAUGCAACAGAUAUAGUGCGUUGUGUUUAGUGGGCAGUGCUUGGAAGAUGAAUUUGAUCACUUAAUGGUAAAAAUUGCACAUAUUCACUGCACAAGGCAGAUGUACAAACAGAAUUGUAUUUGGGCCAGGAGAGAAGCAUGAACAAUUUCUUGCAUGGAUGAACAUGAUCUGGGAAGAAGAUCGUUGUCGUGUGGAUUGCACUGUGCGGUCUGGCAGAAGUUUACUGUUUCAGAAGCGCUUGCUAUCUCUGAAGUGACCGUUAACUUCUGCCAGACUACGUGGUGCAACAACCCAGAAGACGGCCAUCUUCAGACUCAUCGCCGUGAAAACUUCUUACUAAUACAGGAAAUUGCCACAGGGAUCAGUAGUCUACAUAUAUAAAAUUUAGACCAAAUAAUUUUUUAAAUGUAAUGUGGCUUUGAAGACUAAUCUUUGAAACAUGUUCCUACAGUAUACUAUAAUUACCCAGUUUGGAGAUGCACCUUUUUCAUUGUAUGCAAACUUGAGCAUUUCUUUCUAGCACAGUUUCUUAGAAUUUCUUUGUCACGCGAGUAGUGCUGGCACUAGCGCAAGGACUGAUUUUGGUCGUGUGAGAUGGACCCAUCCAAAGCGCGCGCUAGAGGGGUGUCAGCCUCAGUUGGCUUGUAGCUCUAGCUGUGUUAGUUCGGUGCGUCACCGCAGCUGAGGCUGUGCGACCCCCACUACUACUGAACUCCCCUUUCUCGGCUUACACAUUGCGCAUUUAGGUGCCACGACUACUCGCGCGACCCUUUGCUAUUUUCCAUUGAAGUUCGUGGCCAGGACUUUUUUGGGGAAUUCUCUCGACAAAAUGAGGGGAGUUUCUCCCUAUUUAUUUUGUCUCAUAAUGUUGUUUGCAGAGUUUUUAGGUAUGAAACUUUGCACCUUUAGCCUUAAAUUUAACUAUGAAAAUUCCAUUGACUAUCAUAUCAUUCCACAUAAAAGAUCCUUUAGAUGUGUUUAAUAAUAUAUUAUAUAUUUGGAAAAAUUUGAAGGCUGUCACAAAUUAAUACAUACAUAUAUUUCAUCGUUGAGUAACAAAAAGAAGAUAAAAAUUUACAGAAGACUUUUCGUUCUUACUUCCAAAAUGAUAUCAUGUCUAGUAGCAUUUUUAUAAUUAUAGCUCAGAUUGAAAUUAUAUUAUUAGCUGGGGUAGCUUAGUCAGUGUAGUGACUGACUAUGGACUGAUGCUCGAUCCCCGACGGGAAGAGGAUUUUUCCUGUAGUCUCUGCAUCAAAACCAGCUCUGGGGCCCAUCCAGCCUCCUAUCCAAUGAGUACCAGGGUCCUUUCACGGGGAAUAAAGCGCAGCCAGGGCGUGAUGAUUUCUCACCCCCCAUCUAGUGCUGAGGUCAAGAAUGAGUAGGAGCUAUAUCGCCUCUUCCCCCCCAAGUGCCUACAUGGCGUGUAGCAGGAUAGCUUCUCUUUUAUCCAUCUUAAAUUUUAAAACAAAAAUACUGGCUUUAUACAAGUAUCUAAUGUGUUGUUAGGUCUUCAUAUGUCAUUGCCGUAUCGUACUAAGUCACAGAAGCAAUGACGUAGACAUUUAAUUCUAUCUAGGUAAUGGCAUGCUGGUAUUUAGUUUUCCGCCCUUUGCUUCUGUCGUGUGAAAACAUUGGGUUUAGAAGUGGUUUGGUCUAUGAUCUGAUAUUGGAACCGCCAGCAACACAGCAAUCAAAUUGUGUAAAUAACAAGUUACUUUUAUUGUAAAUUAUUUGUCAGUAGAGCAAAUUCUUUGUUCUUUUUCACAAAUUUGUCACAGUUUUCCUAUUCUAGACAUGAGAAAUCGGGAAGGAACUGUAAGAAAAUUUUUACAAUUUUCGUAAUUGUUAUUCCUUUGUCGGAAUAGUUCUUUUCUCAGGAAGCAUGAUAAAAUGAAGUUGUGAAAUACUUAUUGUAUUUUAAAAAGAGUUAAUAACUGCUGUAAAAUUUGGCAAGUUCUCUCAAAAAAUUAAAAAUAAAUGGAAAGGAAAAUAAUGUACAUUAUAUAAGAAAAGUGACUGGCUGAUAAACACGGACAGGCAACAGAUGUGGUUAAAUCUUUAGCUACUCAGAUUGUUGGCCAUAGUGAAUAUUGAAUUAUCAUGCCAGUUUUUGUAACUAGAAUGCAAUGAAAUUAAAAAGUACAAAUGGUGUAUUAAUUUACGCUUAAAACUGUACAGAGCCGGAAUGUUUUAUAAUGUUUAUAAGUAUUAACACCAGAAUAAGUAUUGGGAGAGGGUGAUGUGCUGUGUUUACACCACAGAAGUUACAUUUUUAUAUUCCGAAAUGCUUUUAAAGUAAAAGUUUUUAACAUUGAAGAUUGUAACGGUGUGGUAAUGGAUCUGAUUAUGUAACGAUCCAGAUAGAAGUUUUUAUUUUAGACAUAAGGUAUUAACUUAUAUGUAGUGAGUGAAAAGGGUGCAUCUUAUGAUCAGAUGUUUGUAUGAGGAUAGUAGUUGAAGAAUUGAUAAACCAUUUUUUUUUUUUUUGGCAGUAAUGUUAAAAGUGCAUAGUUUAAUAAAUAUAACAAGUAUCAGCGUGCAUUCAGUAUGAUAAAGCAUAACAUAUAGAACAGUGUUGAACCUUUAUUUAAAUUACACAUUUGAGCAAUUAAAAUAUGUAAGAUUUAAAACUUUCGUGGUGCAUGAGUGUCAUAAAAUCCUCUUGGGCGAUCAGAAAUGGAUUGUGGUCUUUUGGUUUGUGAUGCCGCGUAAUUUUGUAGGUUGUUACCACUGUUCUUCCUGAACAUUAUUUACAAUUUGGCAUUAAAACCCUUAAAACCAUUUGUAAUAUUUCAUAAGAUUAUCGGUUAGUAUAAAGUGAAGAUUUCGCGGCGACUGAAGUUAUUCACCAUUCAGCCACCUGACGCAGCUUGUAACCCUAGAGUAUUUUAUCGAUAUCUGUUAGUCUUUGAAGUUCUGAUGGUUUGGUAUUCUCAUUCUUGCCCAUGCACUUCAUAUCGUGUUUCAAUAUUCUGUUCACUUGUCUUAAUGAUUCAUAUUUUUUUCAAAUUUAGUGAGUUUUUGCUGUUUCAUUUUAGUUAAAAAAUCUUUAAUAGUUUAUUUUGAAGACAUUACAUUGGAAGUGGGAUCUUCGAUGUAAUCAUAGGUAUCUCAGUGAAUCUGUUUUACUGCGUUCAAUAUUAUGAGUGUUAGAUUUCCAGUCAUUUCAGUUGGAAUCUUUUGACUAUUACUUUAGUAUGUUCAGAAAAUGUUUUGCUUUGUUGUACGGAAGUAACUUAGAAUCAAAUUACAUGCUUUUUGUGGCAGCUAUAUGCUUGUCUCAAGCAUAUUUCUGUUAUUUUUUCCCCAUGAAAUUUGAAUUUUAAUAUACGUGCUGGAUAAUAGGAUAAUUGGAAAAGAUGUGAUACACGCUAGGAUUACCAGUUAUAUUUACAGUUGAUAUUAGUACAUUUUUGAAACUAACGUGUUUUAAUCCUCAACUGGUAGGGUGGGAUCAGAAUGAUCCCAGUGAAAUAAACUUAAUAAAUGUAACCUUUAUAAUGCACAGUACAUAUUCUAACUUAGAAUUUUACCGAAAAGCCUUAUUAUUAUUAUCGUCAUUAUUGAUGCAAAUCACCAAGAUCUAAGCCUUACUAUAUGCUGUGUUUUUACUGAAAACCUGUUUAUUGGGAUGUGUUCCUUACCACAGUAUAUACAUGGGCAUUCACCAUAGUGUAUUUUUUUUUUCAUAUGCCAAAAUGAUUAUUUUUAUGUCUGUUCAGCUUUUUGGGCAUGUACAAUUUUAAGUGACACUACCUCUGAAGUCUUAUAUCAAUUCAUCAACUGUUAGCUGUUCAGAUGGAAUGUAGUUUGCCUGACAGUUUAAAAAUGAACUUAUAAAAAAUCUCAAACACUGC